AUGAUAAUCAGCUGGACGGAUGCAUUUAAGGUUCUGAGGAAUAUAAAGAUGGAAGAACGUCUAUUCCAGAAAAAACUAAUUUUCGAAUAUCUUAGUAAGCAGCCAAAAUCUACGAGCUGCUCUCUGUGCAGCAGGAGGAUGCCUAUUAAGGACAUUGUGUGUAGGGCAUGUUUUUGUAGACUACAUCCUUUUCCAGCAGACUUCAAAAUUUCUAUUGCUGUUGAAUAUGCCAAGAUAUUUCAAAUUAUAAGAGCAAAAAGCCUUGGGAAAUCAAAACUUCUCUCUAAAAACGAAGAUGAGUGCCUUAAGCUCCUAGGCAUCUCUUCAAGGUGUCCUCUGCAAGACCUAAUUGGAAAAAUUCUUACUUUGGAGCCCACGGGACUAAGCCAUGAGGAGAUACUUAUACUUAACAGCAUAAAGUUGAAGAUUCGAGCAAGCACAGUAAACGAAUGGACUGUAGUACGAAUAAAGUCAAUGAUGGAUCUUAUUGAUGAACAGUUGAAUGCUAUAAACUUGAGAUAUCUGAUUUGUUUAAGACAUUUGAGGAUUGAUGACGCACUUUCUUUGAAAAAGCACAUAAUUGAGAUAAAAAAACAUAAGGAUGAUCUGGAUACAAUUCUAAAAAGGAAAUCAAUUUUAUAG